AUGGCACCUCCGACAGAUCGCAAACAAAUUAUCGCCAACUUCCGUAAGCAAAUAGAUGCUGGGAAGCCUAUCGUCGGCGCCGGCGCUGGCAUCGGCCUGUCGGCCAAGUCAAUUGAAGCUGGCGGCGGCGACCUGAUCAUCAUUUACAACAGUGGGCGAUUCAGAAUGGCAGGUCGAGGCUCCCUGGCCGGACUUAUGCCCUUCAGCAAUGCCAAUGAUGUCGUCGUCGAUAUGGCAAAGGAAGUGCUGCCGAUUGUUGAGCAUACUCCCGUCAUUGCCGGUGUAUGUGGCACCGACCCUUUCAAAGACAUGCCUCGUUUCCUAUCUCAGCUUCGUGACUUGGGAUUUGCUGGUAUCCAGAACUUCCCGACCGUCGGCUUGAUCGAUGGUCAGUUCCGCGCGAACCUCGAAGAGACUGGCAUGGGCUACGACAAAGAAGUCGAGAUGGUACGACUGGCUGCUGGGAUGGAUAUCUUGACCACACCGUAUGUCUUUAACGUCGAGGAAGCAAAAGCCAUGGCUGGUGCUGGAGCCGAUGUCGUCGUGGCUCACAUGGGCUUGACGACCAGUGGCACAAUUGGUGCCCAGACGGGCAAGUCCCUGGAAGACUGCGUCAGAGAUGUGCAGGCUAUCAAGAACGCUGCCGUUGAGGUCAAGAAGGACAUCAUCGUUCUCUGUCAUGGAGGGCCUAUCGCGAAGCCGGAAGACGCCAAGUAUGUGCUUGAGAGAGUCGAGGGUCUGCACGGCUUCUUCGGUGCCAGCUCGAUGGAACGCUUACCAGUUGAGGAUGCAAUCAAGGGCGUCACUGAACAAUUCAAAAACAUUGCAGUGCAAAACGCCUAG